GGCCGCCGCAGCUAGCUGCUGGUGAUCUGGUGAUGGAGUAAAACUUGCAUGAUUGACGUUCUUUGACUUUUGAGCCAGAUUGAGUAGUUUCGUAGCUUGUCAUCAUAUUACCAAAGAGCUACCAAAUAAAUAGGUAAUAGACGUUUUGUUCGUAAUGGCUGAGAACCCGGGCACCACACCCGUGAAAUCCCAGAUCCAGCGAGCCCUGCGCACCAGCGCUGGCGAUGGCGACCUGCAGACGGUGGCAAGGCUGAUCCAGGGACUGGCUGACGUCGACGGGGUGGAUGACCAUGGCUGGACCGCCCUCAUGCUGGCGGCCAGGAACGGACAUGACAAGGUGGUCAAGCUGCUGCUUGAUAAGGGAUGUGACCACACCCUAAUGAACAAGGCAGGCCAGUCUGCACUUGCGAUUGCUGAGUUCUGGCACCACCCUGCCGUCUCGCAUCUCAUCACCCAGCACAUCCAAGGUAGCAACAGUAGCAGCAGCAGCAACAACAAUGUUGUCAACUUCUUCGGGCUGAGCUCUUUGGAUCGCUUCAGCCACAAGCGGACGGACGUGCAGUGGCUGAAGGAGAAACUGCACCACCCAUCCACGACGUUCGUUCUGUUCAGUCAGAGCAGCCCGUACAUCACUUGGUCGGACGAAGGCAAGUGUCAGGUCUGCCGCUUCCAUUACGAGCAGAUCAAAUUCCUCUUUGAGAAGCCGGAGAAAGAGGAGCCAGUGACCAUCUUUCUUGGCAUAGGAGAUGUUGUGGCUUCUAAAACCAAGAAGACUUCCACUCACAAUCCUACCUCCAGGAGUUUUGAUUCCAGCCUGGACCAACCUGCCUGGUUCGCAGUGGAUGCAGGUGACGUCCCCUUAGAACACCUUCAGGAGGCACAGCCGAACGCAGAGCUGCUGUCCCCAAGAAACUACCUGGCCCUGAUGUCGGUCGCGGACGAAGAGGCGGGUGUCAUCGGCCAAGCAAGGGCACUGUUGUCGUGGCAUGACAGAUACAAGUUUUGUCCCACCUGCGGCAGCCAGAUGCACAUCCAGGAAGCUGGCUAUAAGCAUACAUGCCAAAACAAAGAAUGUCGCAGUCUGAAGGGCAUUCAUAACACCAGCUAUCCGCGGGUCGACCCAGUCGCCAUCAUGGCCGUCAUCCAUCCUGAUGGAAACCAGUUGCUGCUCGGAAGGAAGAAGCAGUUCCCACGCGGCAUGUAUUCAUGUCUCGCUGGCUUCAUGGAACCAGGCGAGUCCAUUGAAGAUGCCUGCCGCCGAGAGGUGUAUGAAGAGAGCGCCAUCAAGGUGGGUCAUGUGACCUACCACUCCUCCCAGCCCUGGCCCAUGCCGUCCCAGCUCAUGAUUGGCUGCUUUGGCUACGCCGUCUCCACGGCGAUCACCGUGGACACCGAGGAGCUUGAAGACGUGCGCUGGUUCGAACGGCGGGACGUGGCGGCUGCACUGCAGGGUGGUGGGCCAGGCACCGGUGAAGUUGGUUCCCAGAGUAGUGCGCUUUUCCUGCCCCCAAGGCAGGCGAUAGCACACCAGCUCAUCAAAGCGUGGGUGGGCAUGACGGCAAAUCUCUGACGAGCUUGUCACCAAGUGCUCAAUAAGCUAAAAGCCAGUUUUAAUAACACAGUAGUAAAUAAUUUGUUCAUCCUACAGCCCUAUCCAAAGACACUGGUGACUACUAAUCCACUUCACUUUUUUUUUUUACCCUAACUCCCUAGGCCUUUUUGCUAGGCUGUAACCUCAAUCCUGCAAAAUCCUCCAAUUGGCCUCAUGGAAAAAUAUCAUAUAGCCUCAAUCCUGC